CAAAGAGAAACUGAACUCACCAUCCGUCUCACAUACUUGCACCAUGCAGCCCUCCAGAACAAUAACACCUAAGAGAUUACGAUCACCCGGACGCUCCUGAUAAUACAACAGAUUUCCCUUUAAUACAAACCAGCGUCGCAGCAUGUCGAAAAGGAAAGUGACAUUUGAGGAUAAAGACGGGGAGCUUACAUUGGAAGAGGAUGUUCCAAAAAAGAGGAUGGUUGAUGUUGUAAGUGGUCCAGGAUCCAGAUUUAAGGAGAAACACUCUUUGGAUAGUGAUGAGGAAGAUGAUGGAGAGGAUGGAGAAAAAUCCAGCAAAUACGACAUACUUGCUGAGGAUGAUGUGGAAGGUCAGGAAAUGGCAACAAUUGACUAUGAUGAGGGGGUACGCAUCACCCCUUUUAACCUCGAUGAAGAAAUGGAGGAGGGACACUUUGAUUCUGAGGGAAACUAUUUUGUUAACAAGGAUAAAGACAUCAGGGACAACUGGCUGGACAAUAUUGACUGGGUGAAGAUUAAAGAACAGCCAAUAAAAAAGAAAAAGAAAGGUCUUGCAGCCAAACGGAAGAGAAGAGCUGGUGAUGAAGAUGAAGCAGAGGAGGAGAUACAGCGGGAGAAGCAACAGAAAGACAGUGACACGGAUGAGGAAGAAGAGGAGAAAGAACCAGCAGAAGACCCUCUGGCUACAUACAGUCUUUAUCAACUCACAGAAGCCAUUAUUGAGCUCAUGUCACCUGGAGAAACAGUGGCCGCUGCUCUUCGGAGACUUGGGGGUCUUGGAGGACAAAAGAAAAAAGGAAAGCUGAAAGAAGGAGAGGAGAAGAAAGAUGAAACUCCAAACAGAGAUGCGGAUAAAUUGGACAAGCUGACAGCAAUAGCAGAUAGACUGGUGGGGGCUGGGGAGUUUGAAAUUUAUCAGCAAACCUAUGAAAAACUGGCAUACAAGCUGAAAGGCAUGAAUAAAAAUACGGAAGCUAAGACACGAGAUGACAGUGAAGAAGAAGAGGAUGAGCUAGACAUGUUCGCUGAUAAAUUCAAUGAAAAGCAUCCUAUAGAAAAAAGCGAGGAGGAUAAAGACAACAGUGGAGUGAGCGAUGAGGUCAUGUGGGAGUACAAAUGGGACACCAAGGAAAAUUCUGAGCUCUAUGGGCCCUUCAGCAGUCAACAAAUGCAGAACUGGGUGGAUGAGGGCUACUUCAGUGAUGGAGUGUACUGUAGAAGGAUUGACCAGGAAGGUGCCCAAUUCUACAACUCGAGGAGAAUAGACUUUGAUCUUUACAUAUGAUCUGCAUUUGAAUCACGUUAUCAUGAAAAUCAGAUCAGUUUUAUUUCUUAUGUCCUUUUGGAGUGGGCUUCCCUGAAUUGUUGUUUACUAAUGUGUAUUUGACUUGUGUACACACAUCCACUAGUUUGUACACUUGUGUUUGAUACAUAAUGUGUUUUAAAAUAAAUACUUUUUUGGCUGGGUCCAA